GGAAACAUGAACAGUUAUAGUUUUCUAAUAACUUUGUUUAUACAUCUCGAAUAUCCAGUUUUCUCAGAACAAGAUUUUUACCAGGUCAAAGCAUGUUGUUCAUUCAAUGGUCCAAACUUUAACCAUGUUGAAUACAUAAUUAGAUCUAGUUUUAACAAGAAUAAUAUGAUGGAGUACAACAGUACAAGAGGAAACUGGAUUGGAUUCACUUAUUAUUCCGUUGAGAAUUCACAUUACUGGAACACUGACCCUUUGGAUGCACUUAAAAGAGCAAUGCAAAAGAAACUUUUGUGCAACGACAACAUACAAGUUAUCCAAACCAUAGGAAACAUGUCCACAACACCCACCAUUAGGUUAAAAUCAGUCAAACACCCUUAUGGUCGACAUCCAGCCAUGCUUGUAUGCAGUGCCUAUAACUUUUACCCAAAGCAAAUCCAACUAACCUGGCUGCGAAAUGACCAAGACGUGACUGAAGGGGUCAGUUAUACAGAUGUUAUCCCUGAUGGAAAAUUAUACUACCAGUUUCACUCUCACCUGGAGUACACCCCGACUUCAGGAGACAACAUCAGCUGCAUGGUUAAACAUUUCACCCUGUUCGAGCCAAGGGUCAUUGUUUGGAUUUCAGAUGACUCUUUUACUGAGGAAGAAAAAACUCAGAUUGUUGUUGGACUGUGUGCUCUGAUGCUUGGUUUGGUUAUCCUGACCUCUGGAUUUAUCUACUACAGGAAAAAGUCAGCUUUAUACAACUCUAUCUGCCAAGGUGAAGACAUUGAAGAAACCUAAACUUUUAAAAACAAUAUUACGGUACUUCAACUACCGUAUUAUUACAAUUAUCCUUUCUUUGACCAGGACGAGCAGUGAUUCCUGUGGACGUCAUUCCCGAAUUUUGAGCCUUUUAGUAGCUCAAACAAAAAUUAAUUGAAAAAAGACAAAGUCCUCCAUGAUGUUCUACAUAUGACACCUCUAACUAUGUCUAGGCUUUGGUGGUCGGGUUGAUAUACGGGAUUUUAAAUCUAAGGGGAAAUGCACAAGUUUUACAUAUAUUACUGUUUUUGAAAGUUUGUAUUUGUACUUGGCGGUUUUUUUUGUCUUUUUCUGCAUGAUUUAUGGUGUUGGACAGUUGGUAGCAUUGUUGCCUUGCAGC